CGCCUUGCUGCCGGAACGGGGAGCGCCGCUCUGCGCACGCGCGACCGACACGUCAUCGGCCCGUGCCGCCUGCGCCGCGACACCAUGGAGGGACAGCUGUACCGCCGGCUGCCACCCGAGGAGAGCGGGGAGCUGUGCCUGCAGCCCCAGGACUCAGAAAAAGCCAAGACAUUUGUACAUGCCUUCCUGAAGCGCAGCAUGCCCAAAAUGUCAGAGGAAGCUAUCCAGGAGAUGUUGACUCGGAAAGCUGUCGUUCUGGAGCAUUAUCCCAAAAAAAAGACCAAGCAAAAGAGGAAGAAGACAAAAGGUUUUACUGCCAAGCAGAGGAGAGAGCUGCGUCUGUUUGAAAUUGAACCUGAACAGCAAAGAUAUGCCAUCUUCCUCCCACUCCACGAGCUCUGGAAGCAGUACAUCAGAGACCUGUGCCAUGGACUCAAAGCAGAUGCGCAACCCCAUAUGAUCCAGAGCAAGCUGCUCAAAGCUGAUCUCCAUGGAGCCAUUGUUACAGUUACAAAAUCCAAGUGCCCCUCUUAUGUUGGAAUAACAGGAAUCAUUCUGCAGGAAUUUAAACACGUCUUCAAAAUUAUCACUAAAGAGGACAAAUUAAAAGUUGUCCCCAAACUGAACAACGUGUUCAGCCUGGAGCUUGAUGGAUUCAUUUCCUACAUCUACGGGAGCAAGUUCCUGCUCAGAGCAAGUGAGCGCUCUGCAAAGAAAUUCAAGCUGAAAGGAACUAUUGACCUGUGAUUCCAGGGGAGUCAGAAGCACUCACAGAAACAUCUGCUGUUUUCCUGCAGUUCAAAGAGCAGAUGGAAAAAGUAACAGCCAUUUGAAAUAUUUAUAACGCAUUUCUUUUUACUGAAGGAUGAGCAGUAUCUGCUCUCUUUAAGCAGUCUCACUGACUGUUGAACUUGGUUGUGUCUGGUUUUUUUAUUCGUAUAUAAUAUUCUGGUUUUUGUUAAAGUUAUAUGAUUAAUAUUAACUACUAAAACUUCUGUUUCAGUUUAUAAUUGUAAAUUUGUACAGUGAAAAUUAUAUUUUGUAACUCUCUAAUAAAUGUUUUUGUUGCCUUCUGUAUAA